AUGAACAUCCCGGAUACCAUGGCAAGCAGAACGAUUCUUUCCUGGUCAAUCACCUUCCUGACUUCUGUUUUGAAAGCAGCGGAUCUUUUCGUUGGAUUCCUGCCAACAACAUGGCAGUGGGGUCUUUUGCUCUUCGUGUUGUGCUCUCGGUGCAACUUCCUUUCUAUUUUAUAUCUUCUACCAGCCAAAAUAUUUUGGCGACCUCUCAAACGCAAAAAAGAGUUCCUUUCCGUACAUCGUAUGUACUUUCCUGCAUUGAUCUUUGACCUCUCCAAAACAAAAACAAAAAAAUGGUUCCUCUCCUCAGGUUUUCUUAAGGCUUUAUCUCAACCUUUGUGCGACAUUUUACAGAAAAAAGGCUCUCUGCCGCCUGACUAUUCAAGAACCUCUCCCUUUCCCGAGUCUCUUUUGCCUGAGCCCAUGCUGGAUCGCAGCACAGGAUGCUACCUGCAAGAACAAGUGGGUGGUGCCCGUGACAUGGGGCUUGUCAAGGAGGCGUCCAUGCGUCGUCAGGCCAUGCCCGCUAAUGACCAGCCCACUGGAGGCGACUCCCUCAUUAGCGAGCCCAUCAAUCAGGAAGUUGUGCACCCUCUGCAGCUUUCUGUGCCCGCUGGUACUAUCCCUCCUGAUAUCCGCAGUAGUCCUGCGCUCAAGCCUGCACCAGCACACCAGGGCGUACUUCAGGAUCUUUUCUAUGAUCCCGUCAUAGUCCCUCCCAAGGUACCUCCGCAACCAAAUCUAUCUACUAAGCCUGCUUGUGUGGAGUAUGAGACAUAUGACUUUAGUGGCGACUUUGCUGGCUUUCAGAACAACUUACCUCGUCCUUCUACAUUAUCCACAACCACUGGUUUCAACGACUUCAAUGGCCCUCCUGGUCCAUCUACAUUGCCUACCACCACUGCUCCCUCUACAAUACCGUCCGUUCCUGAGACACGUGUCAUACCUCCGACCCCCAUGUUUCAAAUCAAUCCAGCGUUUGAUACGGACUAG